GCAACGGUCGGAAGCAGAAUUUCAAUGGACACCAUACGAGGAUCCGGCAGUCCGGGCAGUAAUCCCGGAAGAGUUUUUACAAAAUCCGAACGCUUGGCACGUGAAAGUGGUGUUGAUCAACUAUGCAACCGUGGAGCCCCACCAGACAGACAGAGUCCUACGACAGUUUGGAUGUAGACAACCGAUCCCUGCGGACCCUGAGGAGUUUGACGAGCACCACAAAAUCGACCUUCGGUUGUUAGGUACGGAUUGGCCUAGAUACUGGUCAGUGUACAUGGAAAUGUGGGAAAAUCGUAAUGAAUAUCUACCUACUCGGGAACCAAUCAUCGUUCCCGAGUUAGCGUGCGUUCCAGAAUACAUGCCAUGGUUUAGGGCCAAUGGGAAGCCGUAUUUACUUACGCCGGAGGAGAGGCAGCGGCAAUUACGUGUCGGAAGGGAAAGGCGCGGGCCUCUAAAUCCAAUGGGACAAGACCACGAGGCCAGCCCCCCAACGAGGCCCAGACAUUCACCCGGUUCAUCAUCAGCGGCCAUGCAAUCACCGUCCCCAAUGAGAGCACCGACGCAGUCACCUGACGCAGCAAUUCAACAGAUGAUACCCACGCAUUCACCUUUCCCUAUGAUGCCAGGUAUGUUUCCUAGCCCUUAUAUGUACCCUAACCCGUACAUGUAUCCUUUUCUGAAUCCUAUGGCAGGUUGGAGCCAAAUGCCGGAUCAGCUCCAUUUCUGUAAUGCCGAAGCGGACCACCGAUAA